UUCAUGAAGGCACGUGAACCUCUUAUUUCCCCUUUUUAAGUGAAUUACCACUCGAUGGUGUAGGCCCUCUUUUGCCUCUUUUUUAUUUUUUUAAUUAUUAAUAUUAUUAUUAUUAAUCUCUAUCAUUCAUCACCGAUCCGAUCUCUUCCUUCCUUAUUAUCUAAAACAUAGAUCCUCCACCUUUAGUGGACGAAGCCAACACCGUCACUUCGAUUGCUCCAUCUUUCCCCAUGACUUCUAGUAAUUGUUAUUCAUCUCUUUAUCCUUUUCCUAUUGACCUAAACGAAGAUGAUCAACACCAACACCACCAGCUUUUCAACUUAAUAUCUCAACCUUCUUCUUCUUCAUCAUCAUCAUCUUCUUCUUCGUCGCCUUCUACUUCACUUACUUGUCCUUUUUCCUUCAGCCCAACUGUUCAACACCAGCAAGCAGCUUUCUAUCAGAGCCUACCCCAGCAGUUCCAUGAUGAUCAACAAGAUCAGGAAAAAAUACAUGUUCCACAAGAUGGACCAUUGAGGAGUGACUGUGAGCUCAGGUUAUCUAUAUGGAAAAAGGAAGAAAGGGUUGAAACUCAUCAUCAAAGUCAUGAUUCUGCUAAGUGGAUGCCUUCAAAGACGAGGAUGAUGAGCUCCGAUCACACCGAUUUAUCAAAUAGCCCUACACCGAAAUCCGAAGAUCAUCAGGAGCAGAAACAACCAUCAUCUUCUCCGGACAACAACAACAGCACAAUUAGGGUUUGUGCUGAUUGCAACACUACUAAGACUCCUCUCUGGAGGAGUGGACCUCGGGGCCCCAAGUCCCUUUGCAACGCCUGUGGAAUUCGUCAAAGAAAAGCAAGAAGGGCUGCAGCGGCGGCGGCGGCGGCAGGCAUCGUUGUUGCAGCUGAGACACCGCCAAGUAUGAAAAGUGAGGUUCAACGUCUUAAGGCGAAGAGAUCAAUCAACGAUGGUUUUCCACAUUUGAAGAACAAAAAAUGCAAACUUAAUUCUCAAUCUCAAAGUAGAAAGAAGCUGUGUUUCGAAGAUUUAAGGAUAAUAUUGAGCAAGAAUUCAGCUUUUCAUGGAGUUUUUCCUCAGGACGAGAAAGAGGCCGCGAUCCUACUCAUGGCCUUAUCGUAUGGUCUUGUUCAUGGUUGAAAUUUCUCCCCACCACCUUAGCCUUAUAUAUUGUUGUUUUCUAGGUUUAAAUAAUUAGUGUUGGGAGUGUAGUAGCUAACUAAGGUCAUAAAUGUUUGAAACUAGAAUUGUCAUUGAGUGUGAACAAAAAGUAAUUUGUUAAAAUAAAGAAAAAGAGAUUAGAAAAGCAAAAUGCAUGUAGAACUUUAGAGCUUUGAUUAUCAGGUGAAUUUGAACAGGUUGGUAACCAUAAUUAUGGAGCUCUUGUUCUUCUACUUCUUAUUCUAUAUAUAUUAUGUCGUGAACUUAAUAAAAUUCUAUGCUUUGAUUUGUC